AUGCCUCAAGUCGGUCCAAAACAAACACCUGAGGAGCGGCGCAGGGGAGAGCGAGCGCUGAGCGAGUUCGCCGACUACGUUGCGAAGGAGCAAGAACGGCGCUCCAUUCUAGACCCUCAGAACCCUUUAACUGCCCCUAGCGACAGUGGAUAUUCGACUGCAAAGCCUUCCGUGGUGACCGAAGAGCAUGCUGAACUUGACAUCCUCGAUCAGCUUGGUCUGAGCGACGCUCCAAGCCACGCUAAGCUCAAAGACCUGCUCUUAGGCACGUCUGCCGAUGGUGAAAAUGGGCUUCAGAUUCUUGCUGGAGUGAUCCAGAACCGCAUUGACGAAGGCCAUGGAGAGACCUUGUUCGACUUGGGUCUAGAGGACACUGGCGAUUCUAUGGGUUUUGACUCCUCUCAGUGGAAUACGGCAUUUGAGAGGCUCGAGGAGGCAGCAAAUACCAUCCCUGCACGUUGUCGCAUCCUGUUGACGUACAACGUAGGCGGUCCACAGGAAGCCCAAGCUAGCGCUGAGAAGGUAAAAGGAUGCUUUGGGAAAAUCAUGAUCCGGCAAGUCCCGGAACGAGUCGAGGAGGUCAUUGAAACCCGAAUUGCUGUUGUGGGGAAUGUCGAUGCUGGGAAGAGCACCCUACUAGGUGUUCUGGUCAAGGGAAAUCUCGACGAUGGUCGUGGUAAGGCUCGUGUCAACCUAUUCCGUCAUAAGCACGAGAUCGAAAGUGGUCGGACUAGCUCGGUUGGUAUGGAAAUCAUGGGAUUCGACACUCAAGGCGAAAUUGUUGGUAGUGACAAAGGCCGUAAAUUGUCCUGGGAAGAAAUUGGUAAGAAGUCAGCCAAAGUGAUUUCUUUCUCUGAUCUCGCUGGUCACGAGCGGUAUCUACGAACCACGGUUUUUGGAAUGCUCAGCAGCAGUCCAAAUUACUGUUUGUUGAUGGUUGCAGCGAAUAAUGGUCUAGUCGGUAUGAGCAAAGAGCAUUUGGGAAUUGCCUUGGCACUAAAUGUUCCCGUCAUGGUUGUCAUCACUAAGAUCGAUAUCUGUCCUCCACAAAUUCUGCAGCAAACCAUUACCCAGCUAUCGCGAAUCCUCAAGUCUCCCGGUGCCAGGAAGAUUCCUAUAUUUAUCAAGGACAUGGAAGGGACAAUUAACACCGCCACUCAAUUCGUCAGUCAAAGAAUCUGCCCUAUUUUCCAGGUAUCCAACGUCACUGGUGAAGGUCUUGACUAUAUCCGAACUUUUCUCAAUAUUUUACCUCAUUAUGGGUAUUACAAUGCUCAAGCACCAUUCGAGUUUUUGGUCAAUGAUACUUUCUCCGUCCCAUUCGUCGGCACGGUAGUCUCAGGUGUUGUCAAAUCUGGUGUCGUGCAUGCUGGUGAUACUGUGCAAAUUGGGCCAGAUUCGCUUGGCCAAUUCGUCACGACGACAAUCAAGACCAUUGAACGCAAACGGAUACCUGUGAAUGUCUGCUCUGCUGGCCAGUCUGCCUCGUUUGCUCUGAAGCGCGUUCGACGAAAGGAGGUACGAAAGGGGAUGGUUGUGGUCGCCAAAAUGGAGAACGCACCCAAAGUCUACCGUGAAUUCGUAGCCGAAGUGCUAAUCCUGUCCCACGCAACAACCAUUCGCCCUCGAUAUCAGGCAAUGCUGCACGUUGGAGCGGUGAGCCAGACCUGCUCUAUCAUUGACAUUGAUCGAGCCUAUAUUCGGACCGGAGACAGGGCACUGGUUGCAUUCCGCUUUGUGCAGCGUCCAGAAUUUCUUAAUGUCGGCGAUCGCGUGUUGUUCCGUGAAGGGCGCACUAAAGGCCUUGGUAUUGUAAAGAGCGUUGGCUAUGAUCCAAGCCAUCCUUUGAACCCUGAGGCUGCUGCUGCUGCUGCUGCUGCUGCUGCUGCUGAAAAUGGGAAGCCUAAGGAGGGGCCUAGUGCAUGA